AUGGGCGGGACCUGCCGCGUCUGCACGCGCACGUGCCAGCCGACUGGCGCGCCGCUUCGCCGCUGCCCACGCUGCAAGAUGGCGCGCUACUGCAGCGCAAUGCACGAAGCCAACGACGUGGGCGGCCACCGUGCUGACUGCGCAGCCGUCGUCGCCGCCGCCGCCGACGUCCAGCGGCUCCGCCUCGCGCUGUGGCGCCGCCCCGAGGCCAUGACGGUCGCCAGCACGCGCCACGCGGCGCUCGUGGCCGCCGUCUCGCUGCCGCUGUACCCGGUGCUUCAGGGCGCGUUCGUCCACCUCGAGAAGGCCUUGCCAUGGUUCCUCCUCGCCCAAGACGACUCGGCCGGCGCAUAUCGCUGCUUCUUCUCGACCAUCGAGUUCCUCGAUGAAGCGGCCGCGCGCCCGAUGCUCCACAUCACAGCGUGGCGCUGCCCGAAGCGACGAUCGAUCCUCGAUACACAAGAGUUGUUGACGCUGGUGCUGCUCCUUCUGCGCUCGUCGGCUUCGUCGUACAUGCUGGGUCCCCACACCGACAUGCUGCGCGAGAUCCACAGCUUUUUGCUGCCGUCGUCGCCCUUGCGGUCGCUCUCGCGGUGGCGUAAACAGCCGCACGGACUGCGCAAAGCCAUCAUGCAGCUCCACCACGCCUUUGGUCAAGCCAUGCUCUUCGACUUGGGUAUGGACAUGUUUCUCCCGACAACCGUCGAGCUACUCCAGCGCGGGCCGCUUCGGGCUGCGUGGCGCGCGACGCCUGGCGCGAUGACGGUGCUGGACGCUCGCCUGCACACGGCGGUCGAGCCGCUGUGA